UCAAGAAACAAAACAAAUAAAUUAAUAAAAAAAAUAAAUAGUAAUAUUAGUAGCAAAUAAUUUUUUUAUUAAAGAAUGGGUGCAUAUUUUGGAGCUUUUACAGUUUUUAUUUUCUGUUUGUUGGGAUUUUCAGCCAAUGCUGUAUACAUCAGCAUUGGCUCCUCUUCAGGUUCUGACAUUACUCAGGCACUUCUGAAAGCAUUCACAACAGCAUGCCAAUCUCCAAUACCGAGCAGAGUGGUGAUCCCAAAAGGAGAGUUCAAGCUUGGUGAAAUCCAGAUGAGGGGUCCAUGCAAAGCUCCAGUCGAGAUCACCAUUCAAGGUACUGUCAAAGCUGACGGUAACGCCAUCCAGGGAAAGGACACAUGGAUUGUCUUCGGCAACAUUAAUGGCUUUAAGUUGAACGGAGGUGGAGCUUUCGAUGGUGAAGGAAACGCAGCUUGGAGGGUUAACAACUGUCACCAGACUUUCAACUGCAAGAAACUUCCCAUCAGUAUAAGGUUUGAUUUCGUGGAGAACGCUGAGAUCAGAGACAUAUCUUCAAUAGAUGCCAAGAACUUCCACAUCAACGUGCUCGGUGCCAAGAACAUGACCAUGGAUCACAUCAACAUCAUUGCUCCUAAAGACAGUCCCAACACUGACGGUAUCCAUUUGGGAAGAAGUGACGGAGUCAAGAUCCUUAACACAUUCAUCUCCACCGGAGACGACUGUAUCUCCGUUGGAGAUGGGAUGAAGAACCUUCACGUGGAGAAAGUCACCUGCGGUCCAGGACAUGGAAUCAGUGUCGGAAGCCUUGGAAGGUACGGAAACGAACAGGAUGUCAGCGGCAUUAGAGUCAUAAACUGCACUCUCCAACAGACUGACAACGGACUGAGGAUCAAGACAUGGCCGUCUGCAGCUUGCUCCACCACCGCCUCCGAUAUUCAUUUCGAGAAUAUCAUUGUCAAGAACGUUAUGAACCCAAUCCUCAUCGACCAGGAGUACUGCCCUUGGAACCAAUGUAACAAGCAGAAACCAUCAACGAUUAAGCUUGCCAACAUCAGCUUCAAGCAGAUCAGAGGAACAUCAGGGAACAAGGAUGCAGUGAAGCUAUUGUGCAGCAGGGGAUACCCAUGCCAGAACGUUGAGAUUGGAGACAUUGACAUUAGGUACAACGGAGCAGAUGGUCCAGCGACUUUCCAGUGCUCAAACGUGAGCCCCAAACUCAUGGGAACUCAGAGCCCUAAAGCUUGCAGUGGUCCAGUGACCAACUUACCCCAAUAAGUAGAAGCUCAAAAAAUAUUAAACUAAAACACCCAUUCAUUAUUUGUUUUGUUUCCUACACCCAAUUUAAUUUAUAUGGUCUAUGAUGUAUGCUCUCAUUCUUUCUCAUUCAAUAUAAAUGCAUUCAUUAUGCCUUUUUGACAAAACCAUGUUUCAAGUAAACAUUCUAGUCUCUGUUUUUAUUUACAUUGAGGUUAACAUACUACAUUUCAAAGCAUUAUUCAUGCAAUCUAAUGAUUAAAUAUAAUCUUGGGAAUCAAUAUAGUGAAAGUUAGUAAGUUGUAAGGAGUAUACAUAUAAUUAGAAUAUCAUAAAUCAAAUAAGCAUUAGGAUUCAUAAUAAUUGUGAAAAAUUGCUAAGAAAUAAAGAUUAGAUUAUUCGUAUUCAAGCAAUGAAUGUUAGUCAUUCAUUGGAAUAUUUAUAAAACAAACUAGCAUAAUGAACAGAAGACUAAAAAAAUAUCAAUAGAACAUAAAAAUAGUUUUCUAUAAAGUGGAAAUACAUGAACAGAAACGAGUUUGCCUGCGUUCGCACAAGACAUACAAACAAGCAUGAGAACAGAAUAAUCUCAUAGUGAUAGAAACACUUAUUCUCAAAAGCCCUACAUGGCCAAAUCCUCUUCCCAAUAUCCCACACUAACAAAACCAAAAAAGACCUUAAAAUGUCAAGAAACUUAUAACCUCUAGUACAAGCUGCCUCAAAACACAAACCUUAAGACAUAACCCCAAGAAAAAGAAGAACCAUUACAUUGACGAUAAAGAAACUAAGGAAGGAGUUUGUUUUGAACUCUUCUUAUGUAUUACCCCGCCUGGCCGGAGACUGAUACAGUUUCUUCUGUCCCUCAUUGAAAGAAAAAAAAAUAAAUAGAAAAGAAGCCUAGCAAUGAAUUUA